AUACAGUCGCGAGGGAAAGUCGAUACAAAAGUUACAGUGCGGGCCAAGUGCCUCUCGUUUCGGCGAUGUUACCACCCUUGGUGCUCCAAGGAGAAGUCUGGUGAAGUCUCGAUUGAAACAAUGAGGGAGUGUCUUGGUGCAACUUUAUCGACGGUAACAAGUGAUUAUGGUAAUAGGCUCGCAGAGACUGUCGGUUAGAGCACACUUGUGGCUGAUUCACUAGGCAGACCAAAUCUAUAUCCUCGUGCCUUGAUCAACAUUGCUUCAAAGUGCCUCAAACACUGUUUCUAGAUUUCUUUCUGCUAUCAAAUUUCAUAUGGAAAAUCUUUCCAUUGAUUGCCAUCAUGAUAAUAAUUUUAAAGAGUUAAUUGUUCCAGAAGCAGUCACAUUCAUACAAACACAACUGUACAGUGUUUGUUAUUCAACUAAGAGAGAAAAAUUUAACUCGUGGAUCUGUUUUGGUAAAUUGACACAUUCUUCCUCUGUCUAUCCUGAUGCACAACAAGUCCUCUAUCAGUUGCUGAAUGCUGUGUGGAUAAUGCAAGAAGAUAUCUGAUUUGUGAAAGAUAUUGCAAUCAGGCCACAUAUGUUUUCCUGCUUUGGACAUUGCUGGUAGACUGUUCAACAGGUUAAAGCCAAUUGAGCUUCUAUUUUACUUUGUGGAGACUGAAUCACUAAAACUUCUCUUACACACCCCUGUCAGAAGUGACAGUCGUCCCAUCUUUCCUGCAGGAUUUCUGGAAGCCACUUUUCAUUUUUACCAAUCAUCACAUUUCAUCAUAGUAACAGCUAGCUAGGGAAUGCGGGGGAAGGUGCAAUGAGAAGACGUGUAGCAGAUUUACAGCAUGAUUCCUGCUGAAAUACAUGGGACAGACAUUUGACUAGUUGCCUUUGACUUGUGGUGAGGUUAGGAAGUGAAUUUGCAUCAAUUGCCAUUUAUGAAGAACACGGUGUUUCCUUGGAAUUCAGCGUGAAAAUCACCUCCAGAAUAUCCAUUAGGUUAAAGCCAACACCUCUUUUGAGUGAAAUGAUUCAUUGAGACAUUCAUCUAUAAGUAUUCCUUCAUUUGAAACUCAUUCAUCUAUUAAACCCUGCAAGACAGCUCGUCAUUGAUAUACACCUUAUACGUAUUGCGUUCUGGAACCGGUUGGUCUUUCUUCAAAGCUCACAGCAAUGCCAGAAUUCAGUGGGUUACAGGUUCUUUAAUUCAUUCCUGUGGUAACUGUCAUUUGAGGAGUUAAAAAAGAAGACCAUGGCCAACUAUAAUAUGGUGUCUGAUAUGGGUAUCGUGGAUAGCACUGACUCCAAGAGGCGAAGGAAGGGUGCAAGUGCUUCUACCGGCAAGUAUUAUUCAGGAGAUGAGUCGUUAGGAUGCUGUGUAUAUUUUUUGAUGAUCUGCUCGUAUCUUCUUGUUGCCAUCACAUUUCCAUUAUCAUUGUUUUUCUGUCUCAAAGUCGUCCAAGAAUAUGAGAGAGCAGUCAUCUUCAGGAUGGGUCGGUUGUUACCGGGCGGAGCUAAAGGACCUGGUAUUUUCUUUAUUCUUCCAUGCAUUGAUAACUACGUCAAAGUGGACCUGAGGACAGUUUCAUUUGAUGUACCCCCUCAAGAGGUUUUAUCCAAAGACAGUGUCACCGUGGCCGUAGAUGCUGUGGUGUACUACAGGGUCCACAACCCCACUAUUUCAAUUACAAACGUGGAGAAUGCACAGAGGAGCACAAGGCUACUAGCAGCCACAACGCUUCGGAAUGUUCUAGGGACGAAGACGCUGGGCGAGAUGCUGACGGACAGGGAGAGCAUUAGCAGUCAGAUGCAAUCGGUGCUAGAUGAGGCAACCGACCCCUGGGGGGUCAAAGUCGAAAGGGUAGAAAUUAAGGAUGUGAGACUACCAGUUCAACUUCAAAGAGCCAUGGCAGCGGAAGCAGAAGCAGCCAGAGAAGCAAGAGCAAAGGUGAUAGCUGCAGAAGGGGAACAGAACGCAUCCAGAGCGCUCAAAGAAGCAGCGGACGUCCUCCAGGAGUCACCAGCGGCCCUUCAGCUACGGUAUCUCCAAACCCUCAACACCAUCUCGGCAGAGAAAAACUCCACCAUCAUCUUCCCGUUACCCAUCGACCUUCUGAGAGGAUUCAUGGGCGCGGACCACGCGUCGGGUCCCAGCAUGGAGGAGGUCAAGAUGGUAGAGUGAAAGGUCAGAGGGGUUGUGACCCUGACAUAAGACUUUGAACCUGGGUGAUUCCCUCGCUCACCACGCAGCAUGGAAGAUGCACUUUAACCC